AAGGAUUCACGUUUCAUUCGAGGAUACUAUGGUCAAGGGCGAUCGAAGCCAGAAUGCAUCGGGCGACUGUCGAUUGCGAUAUUGAAACCGAGUAGUGUCCGAACAUGGGUUUAUUCCAUAGUAAAGUCGCGAAUUACUAUUUUCGAGUGCAGAAUUUAUUUUGUCGACCGAAAACCUCCGAUAAUCCGCAUUUGAUCGUUGAAACGGAGUACGGAAAACUGCGCGGUAAAGACAGCAAAGCUGCUUACUCGAGGAAAAAGUACUGCAGUUUUUUAUCUGUGCCUUUUGCUGCUCCUCCCGUAGAUGAUCUGCGGUUUCGACCUCCUCAACCUCUAGAACCAUGGGAAGGAAUGUACGAUGCAACUUACGAGAGACACGACUGCAGCCAAAAGGACCCAUUCAUGUACUUAAUCAUCGGCGAAGAAGAUUGUCUGUACAUGAAUAUCUUCACCCCGAAACCUCCGAAGGACAUUGUUCAUCCUUUACCAGUUAUGUUUUUCAUUCAUGGCGGCGGCUUUGUUUUCGGAUCUGGUUCGCGAAAAAUGUACGCGGCUGAUUUCAUGAUAAACGAAGAUGUGGUUUUGUGCGCACCCAACUACAGACUGCAUGCUUUCGGUUUCCUAAAUUUGGGAAUCGAAGAGUGUCCUGGUAACGCAGGCUUGAAAGAUAUGGCAUUUGCUUUACAAUGGGUUAAAAGAAAUAUACGCAACUUUGGAGGAGAUCCUAAUAACGUCACUAUUUUUGGAGAAAGCGCUGGUGGCUGUUCAGUUCACUACCUGAUGAUAUCACCUUUAUCUCAAGGUCUAUUUCAUAAAGCCAUUGUUCAGAGUGGCUCAGCACUAUGUACAUGGGCCUUAAAUCGGAAUCCAGUUCACAUUGCUUUUGGACUAGGUCGUAAAGCGGGAUUUCGUGGUAGUGAUCGCAAAGAGUUGGUGGAGUACUUGAAAAAAUUCUCUGCCAGUGAGAUCACUCGAAUGGUGGAGGAAUUCUUGGAUGAUGAAGCCAGCGAAUCACCAGCCAGAUUGGAUUUUUUGGCACCAUCAAUCGAAUCAAUCGUUGAAGGUGCUUUUCUACCUGAUGAUCCUAGUAAAUUGAAUAUGCUUGUCAAACCGAUACCCACAAUGUGGGGUUGCUGCAAUCUUGAAGGAUUUAUUUUGUUUAAACUUUGGCGACAAGGUGUGAUGACUAGAGUGGGUAAAGAUUUUUCGGUUUUUGUGAGAAACAAUUUCAAAAUGGAUCCGGAAAUUGUACAUAUAUUGGGAGAAGAAGUACGGCAAUUGUAUUUUGGAAACGAAGAAGUUUCAUAUACCACAGGUGGACAGCUGGUCGAUUGUCUCGGCCAUGUGAUGUUUUAUCGUUGGUACGAGGGUCUUGAACCUCUGGUCAAGUCACAAAUUCCUCCAUAUAUCUAUCUAUUCAGUUAUUCCGGCCGCCUAAAUCUAAUUACUCAAUACAUUAAGUUAAUGAACGCUCAGUUGGCUAUGUUCGCAGAUAUAGAAGGAGCAUGUCAUGCGGAUGAGUUACUGUAUUUGUUUUAUGUCAAAUUACUAGUUCUAUAUCCUCCUCUGCAGAAAAGAGAUAAAGAUAUGGUUAAACUUAUGUGUUCCAUGUGGGCUAAUUUUGCUAGAACUGGUAAUCCUUCUACUCCUGAAGUUGAAUGGAAGACAUCUUCAUCGAAUCACAUGCGUUACUUGAAAAUUGAUGAAAAAUCUGAAAUGGUUGAUGGCAAAAUAUUCGGAGAAACUUUUGAUAAAUUGCACGAACUGUUGGAUCCUGUAGCUGAAAUUUUUUGAAUUGUGGAAUCAAUCUCGUGGAAAUGCGAUUUUAAUUAUAUUCAUCCGAAUUGUGAAGUGAAAUUGGUGUUGGUACCUGAACGUACAGUUAUAUAGGUAACAAUAAAAUUUUGUGUUCAAACUA